CACUGCCACUACUACUUGCCAGGUAGUGAGGCUAAGUACUUCUCUUCGAAUUUUACCCCACAGAAAGUAUUGACCGCUGCUAUGACUGUCGAAACCGUUGGUCUUAUCCUUCCCAGUGAUGUCCUAAUUAUUAUAAUGGAAAAUCUCGGUAUACAAGACCUGAUCAAUUUCUCCUGCACGUGCAAAUUUGUGAACCUCUUGGUUCACGAGUUUGGAUGGUCAAUCUACCUCAAACACCAUGUUCGUCCGUCCUUCACUCUGCGGCUGGCACGCAAACGCUGGUCUCCUUUUGAACAAGUGCGAUAUAAUGUCACGUCUGACCGCUGCUGGACUCGGGCCAAGUUUAAUGCGCGACCGUUAUCGCAUCCCUGGCGCAGUAAACUUCAGCCACAAAUUGCCAUUUCUACUUCCAUGAUGUUGGUUGCUGCUGGUCACACCAUUUACGUAUAUCCUAUAACCGACUCUUCCUCACUCACCCAUGAUGGUGCUCCUGGAGUUUUAUACGAAGGCUCAUAUUCAUUCACAGACCGGGGCGAAAUCACAAGCAUCACCUUCAUUCCCGACGGCCAUUUGGAAAGGACAGUAGCUGUCGGUUUCGCAGAUGGACAUAUACAACCUGUGUUUCUUCCUCCUUUCCAGCAGGAGCAAUACAACAAUAAGCCAUUCUCAUUGACCAUCGAACCCAGUCCCUCUCUCGGAUUGCGCAUCACGGAUCUAGUAGAGAGCCUUUCCUGCUCAGACAACAUGCUCUUAUCUCUAUCAGCUUUCGGAAUAGCAGGCAUCUGUAACUUAUCUUCAGAUUCGCCGCUUGUCUCCGCCUUUAUGAACCUGGACUGCAGAUCUUGGUCGAGUUUUAUCUGCAUGAAAUCCUCUACGCCGUUUACGGCAUUUGGCACGACUUCACCGAAUCCUCUCGUCGUUCACGCCGUAACCCCUUCCUCACUAUCCCCCACACCAUUCGCCGUCCUCCAUCCCACACGGGAACGUUCCACUGCAGUUUAUGAUAUAACGGACGCGCCACCGUCUGCACCAUGGGGUUCUUCAAAACAGGUCAUCGUAUCCGGGUGGUAUGAUGGUGUUGUUCAGGUGCACGAUAUGCGCAGUAAUCGGCGUGAUUCAGGGGUGUCAGGCAGCCCUGCCCCCUUGCGUCCCAUGCUCACGCUCCGUGAUCCUUGGUCUGAUGAGCCCAUCUAUUCCGUAUCAUGCGGAGGCGGCUCUUCAAGUUUUGUUGCAGCAGGUACUGCCCGUCACAGCGUUGUUGCGUUCUGGGACGUUCGACGCCCUACACAGGGGUGGAGUGUACACGCUCCAGGCAACGAUUCAUCUCCAGUCUACUCGCUGAUACUCGAGAGCUCUCGUCUCUUUGGCGUUACGCAAAGUCGACCAUUUGUGUUCGACUUUGGGCUCGGCGUGACUAACGAGACAUACCCUUCCCUGCCUCCUUCCACACGCUCCCAGUACGACUCGCUAAAGCUGAAGAACAACGGAGUUGGAUACUGCGUCACCCAAUACAACCAUAGUCGCACUUAGACAAGACUUUCCGAGUUAUGUAUUAUUAUCUUGUACAUUCAGGAUGUAUUUUUUGGUCUACACAAUACCGCCGCAUAUUAUA